GAGACGUUACUGAACCCUUUUCUUUGUGGAGAAGUGGAAAUGCCUCCUCGACCUCUGGUCCAGUCUCCAUUUUCCUUUGAGGAGGUGGCCGUGUAUUUCACUGUGGCGGAGUGGGGCCUGCUGGAUCUGGGCCAAAAAGCGCUCUACAGGGAAGUCAUGCUGGAGAACUAUGGGAGUGUGGCUUUUCUGGCAGGAGAUAAUCAGAGGAAUGAGGAGGAUGAGGAACUGGAUCAUUUAUUGCCAGAUGAAGUCAAGAAUGAAGAUGUGAGAAGAAACAUCAGUAUUAAAAGCAGGUCUCAGAGGCAGAAAGUCAGGAUGAAGAAGAGGGAUAAAUCCGUUCCAUGCCAAGGGGGGGAUUUCCAAGAAGUAAUUCACAUGUUGGAGGAAACUUUCAAGUGUUUGGAGUGUGGAAUGAACUUCUUAGAUCAAACCCAAUAUAAUGUACAUUUUUCAAAGCACAGUACAAUGAAGGCAUGUAAAUGCUUUCGGUGUGGAAAGUACUUCAGAUACAAAUCACAACUUCUUGUGCACCAAAGGAUCCACGCAGUGGAGAAACAUUUUGAAUGCUCCGAGUGUGGAAAGAAAUUCGGACAUAGCUCCCUUCUUAAGCAGCAUCAAAGAACCCACCCAGAGAAAAAGCCUUUUAAAUGUUCAGAGUGUGGGAAGAGAUUCAGUCAAAGCGGCGCUCUUAAACAGCAUCAAAGAACACACACAGGGGAGAAGCCUUUUGAAUGCUCAGAGUGUGGGAAGAGAUUCAUUGACAGUAGCAGUCUUCAAAAGCAUCGAAGAACCCACACAGGGCAGAAGCCUUUUGAAUGCUCUGAGUGUGGGAAGAGAUUCAGUCAGAGUGGCAAUCUUCAAAUUCAUGUAAGAGCCCACACAGGGGAGAAGCCUUUUGAAUGCUCAGAGUGUGGAAAGAGAUUCAGUCACAGUGGCAAUCUUCAAAGUCAUCUACGAACCCACAUAAAAGACAAGCAUUUUGAAUGUUUAGAGUGUGGGAAGAGAUUCAGUCAUAGUAGCAGUCUUCGACAACAUAAAAAAACCCACAUAGGAGAGAAACCUUUUGAAUGCUCGGAGUGUGGAAAGAGAUUCAGUCACAGUAGCAGUCUUCAGCAGCAUCAACGAACUCACAUAGGAGAGAAACCUUUUGAAUGUUCGGAGUGUGGGAAGAGAUUCAGGGUCAGUGGCAGUCUUCAAACUCAUCUAAGAACCCACACAGGGGAAAAGCCUUUUGAAUGCUCAGAGUGUGGGAAGAGAUUCAAUGACAAUAGAAGUCUUCAAAGUCAUCUACGAACCCACACAGGGGAGAAGCCUUUUGAAUGUUCAGAGUGUGGGAAGAGAUUCAGUCAGAGUGGCCAUCUUCAAAGUCAUCUACAAACCCACACAGGGGAGAAGCCUUUUGAAUGCUCAGAGUGUGGGAAGAAAUUCAGGGACAGUAGCAGUCUUCAAAGUCAUCUAAGAACCCACACAGGAGAGAAGCCUUUUGAAUGCUCAGAGUGUGGGAAGAGAUUCAGUCGUAGUGGCUAUCUUCAACAGCAUAAAAGAACACACACAGGAGAGAAGCCUUUUGAAUGCUCAGAGUGUGGGAAGAGAUUCAGGGACAGUAGCAGUCUUCAAAUUCAUCUACGAACCCACACAGGGGAAAAGCCUUUUGAAUGUUCAGAGUGUGGGAAGAGAUUCAAUGAAAGUCGUAGUCUUCAAAGUCAUUUAAGAACCCACACAGGGGAGAAGCCUUUUGAGUGUUCUGAGUGUGGGAAGAGAUUCAGUUGGAGUGGUGAUCUUCAAAGUCAUCUACGAACCCACACAGGGGAUAAGCCUUUUGAAUGCUCAGAGUGUGGGAAAAGAUUCAGCCGUAGUUGCUAUCUUCAACAGCAUCAAAGAAUGCAUACGGGGGAGAAGCCUUUUAAAUGCUCAGAGUGUGGGAAGAGUUUCAGCUGCAGCGGCUAUCUUCAAAAGCAUCAAAGAACCCACACUGGGGAAAAGCCUUUUCAAUGCUCAAAGUGUGGGAAGAGAUUCAGUCAGAGUGGCAAUCUUCAAAGUCAUCUACGAACCCACACAGGAGAGAAGCCUUUUGAAUGCUCAGAGUGUGGGAAGAGAUUCAGUCAGAGUAACAAUCUUCAACAGCAUCAAAGAACCCACACAGGGGAGAAGCCUUUUGAGUGCUCAGAAUGUGGGAAGAGAUUCGGGGAUAGUAGCAGUGUUCAAAGUCAUCUACGAACUCACACAGGAGAGAAGCCUUUUGAAUGCUCAGAGUGUGGGAAGAGAUUCAGUAGGAGUGGAAAUCUUCAACAGCAUCAACGAACCCACACAGGGGAGAAGCCUUUUGAAUGCUCAGAAUGUGGGAAGAGAUUCAGCCACAGUAGCCAUCUUCAAAGGCAUCAGGGUAUCCACAUAGAGCAAAAAGUUUUGGAAUAG